AUGAAGCUGUCCUACAUCGGCAUCAUCAGCUACGACACCAGGGAAGGCAUAGAUCCCAAGAACAGGGAGCCCUCACAGGAACUUGCGGUGGUCAAGGACGUCAGCUCGUAUGGUUUGCUGACCAGAAACAAUUAUGCCCAAUUCAUGACCUUCUUCGCGAAGCAAUUGGCAGAAAAGGCAAAGCCUAACCAGCGGCAAUCCGUCGCGCAGGAUGCUCAAGAUUUCGUGUUCCACGUCUACUCCCACAAAUUGGGUGUGUGCGGUGUCGCCAUCUCCGACGCCCAAUACCCUUCCCUCGCAGCCCACAAACUUCUCGGCAACGUCGUCAACGAGUUUCUCGCCAAGUUCCCCGCCAGCUCAUGGAAGGACCUCACUGCGUCGAGCCCUCGGGCAAAUAUCAAGGAUCAGCUCGCUGAGUACCAGAAAGAGCUCCAGCAACAGCUCGCCCAGUACCAGGACCCUGCUCAAAUAGAUACAAUCGGACAGAUUCAAAGGGAACUGGACGACACCAAACAGGUACUGCACCAAACCAUCGAGAGUGUGUUGGGGAGACAAGAAAAGCUCGAUGAAUUGGUCCACAAGAGCAAUGACUUGUCUGAUAUGAGCAAGGGCUUUUACAGUACGUCUCACCCUUUGGCUGUAUAA